CUUGUCCGGCGACCGCGGGAUUUCCGAUGCGUGUCGUGAGUUCUGCACACGAGUGUCUUCGGUGAAGGAGCUCUUAGCUGCAGACCUGACACGACAUCACAUUUCUGCUAGGCAUAAGCCUGUACCUUGUUCCAGCUGGCGUGGCCUCCAUGAUAUUCUGGAUGGAGUGGACGCUAAGAAUGUCACUGGAGAAACGCCAGGUUUUGAAGAAGAAACAAUGCACCCAGAUGAAGUUCACUUCAACCGCAAUAAGAGAAUACGAGAACGAGGACUGCUCAACGGUAUACAACUACGCGGGACACACCACGGGACAAAAUGGAGCAGUGACAAGAAGAAUGGCACAGCUAGUGUCUCGCGACUGACAGUAAAUGGAGGGCUUGUAGAUGUUGGAGAUGUUAGUACUGUCAGCUACUACAACAGCACGAGUUCUUCUGCAACAUCACGGUCAACAACAGCUACAGCUAGAACCCCAUUGAUGACAGCAAAACUCUCUUCCUCUUACGCAACACACUAUACCAAUGCAAACACUACUGGUAGAAAUGGUGCUUCUUCAUCUCUCGAACUCGAUAGUAGUACUCAGCCGAACCCCUUGUUGCGACCUGGCCAUUUAGUACACCUAAAUAAACCUGCAGCAGCUGCAAGGGCACCAACCUCCGAUAAGCAUAGGAAUGAAACAUUUUUGCGAAUGGCAUUAGCAGAAGCCACGCAACGUGCUGCUGCAGAGUUGUACAGCAGGGAUAUUCAUCACGAAGAUAGGAGACCUAGCAGAGAAGGAAUAGAGAUAGACGAAGAAGAAGGAGAUGAUACUGGUAGGUGUACUACAGAAACUGACAGAAAGAAGUCGUGCCUUGAUAAUUCGAACAAGAAUGAGAAUGACGCCGAAAUAAACGUAAAAACGAACAAAAGCGUGGAUGACCAGGAGCCACGAAGCCCACACCCACUCGACGCAACUUCUUCACCUUCUCCGAAAUCCUCUACCACCUCCUCUCCAAGUCCAAACAACAAACGUCAAGGGAAAGGUCCAUUCACCCUGACUCUCACUUCUUCUCCAGCCGAUUGGGUUUGUUUUCAGAUUCAACGAAUCAAAUGGCAGGAUCCUGACUUGCUAGAAUUGGAUUUGUCUCAUAUCCAAUUUCCGGAAAACGAACCCUUGCUGUUGCCUACGUUGCUGGAAGCAUUGAAGGAACAACAUGAUCAAGGAGCAGGAGGUGGUCCGCUUGUUCAGGGCGAACGGAGCAGUUUACGUCUGCUUUCGCUCCGUGGAUGCCAACUAGGCCGUUUUUCCAGCCGCGGGAUCAAGAAAGCGUUUCUGGAAAUGCUGGAGGAAAAUGAGACUUUGGAAUGCCUCGAUUUGGAGAGCAACUCUCUGUCUCCGGAUUUCCUUAUCGGAAUAGCGGAAGCUUUGUAUAGCAAUGAGACAUUGCGGGAGCUAAAGCUGUCGGGCAACGGUGCAGGGAUCAAUGGCUCGGCAGAUACGGGGAAUAGAGCUGUUGUGUUAUGGUCGCAAGGUGCUUGAUUGUGUAUUUUUCUUCUAGUAGCGAGCGACUGACUGGUGUUGAAAUAUGAGAGUCUCGUUACUGACUGAAAUUUUUUUCGUUGCUGACUGAAAUAAAGGAAAGUUGUCUUGACUACAAAUUCCUCUUUUUUCAGUACCUUCUCCCUUAAAUUUUCACUUAACAUACGUCUCUGUCGUUUAUCCCAAACAGCGUUGUCUCAACCUCAACUAGUUAUCCCAGUUUUACAGUACUAACUACACGCACCAGAUGAUGAAGUCCCCUCUCCUCGUUCUCUUCUACCCCGUAGGUUGUAUCUUUCGUCGCUUUCAUACCCUCAAGCCUUCGCACACCUCCUAGAGGAGAAUUGGACGUUGAUCAGACUCGGCUUGGACGUGACCGACCCCACCUGUCGGCACAAGAUAGACCGUGCGCAGAUGAGAAACUUGGUUGAAUGGAAGAAGAACAAUGGAGGAAGAGCUUCUUGAUCCGGAGGUUGGGAUGUAGUAACUUUGUGUCCUCGGAAAAAAACAUAUCAUGAUACAUUUAUUCUAUUCUAUUGGGGAAAUUUUCUUGCCCAAGCUACUGAAUUUAUCGCAUAUUAAGCAUAGGUUUAGGUCGUCAUCAACAAUAAACACGAAUCACUAAGUGUGAUUUCUAUUUCAUAAGUAGAGGUCAUAGUUUUCUUCCAGCUCCUGCGCAUAAAGCACACCGUGGAUGGUUAUCAUGAUCAUAUUUAGGGGUACUUAAUCAAUUUGGACUUGUUUUGAACUGCUCGCUUGAUUUUUUCACAGCUUGGUUGAUUGAAAUUCAGUGAAGCCUUGAUGUUUCCGCAUCGUACAGUGCGUUGCUAUCUGACAAUCAAACGAUAUAAUUCUGAUGUGUCUGUGUGACAAAUUUUCCAUCCCUUUUUGGCUCACAAGAUGAGACUAUGCACACGCCGGAUGCCUGUAUUGCAAUGUCUUGUUGUUUGUUUCGACGAUGAAAAACUACAUUUCCUGCAGUACUACCAGCCUGAUAUGAUUAGCUUCUGCUGAUCCACCUUCCAGUUCCAUAUGUAUCAAUUUUGUUGUCUCUACAUGUAGAAGUACAGUGUCAGUGCCGCAGUACCGUGAUGAUGUCCAUGUGCUGAAGAUUCUUGUUCCAUUCUUCUCUUCUUGCAUGAGAAGAAGAC